AUGCUGGGGGGAGCGGGGAAAGCCAACAUUCUCAACAGUGAUGGACCUCAUGGUUCGUUUGGCCCCCUCUUCUCUCUUCUACAAAACAUAAUUAUUGAUUUUCACACCAAAGGGUUGUAUAAUCUAUGUUUUCCCUAUAGGGACAGCUUAUGGCUUUGCCUUCUGAACAGUGGCACCAGUGUUGUGGCUGGCUUUGCUGUCUUCUCAGUUCUGGGCUUCAUGGCUCAAAAGCAGGGUGUAUCCAUUGAGGAGGUGGCAGAAUCAGGUCCAGGGUUGGCUUUCAUAGCUUAUCCACAGGCAGUAGCUAUGAUGCCUUUCCCUCAGUUGUGGUCUGUUUGUUUCUUCAUCAUGAUUAUUUUGCUGGGACUAGAUACACAGUUUGUUGCGAUGGAAGUUUUUAUGACCUCAGCGAUGGACCUGUACCCCAUGGUACUGCGCAAAGCUGGACGUCGAGAAAUAUUUCUUCUGCUUUUCUGUGUUUUUUGCUUCUUCUGCCAACUUGUCAUGGUUACAGAGGGGGGGAUGUAUGUAUUCCAGCUGUUCGACUACUAUGCCUGCAGUGGAGCCUGUCUUUUUUUCCUCUGUGUUUUUGAAUCUUUGGCCAUGGGUUGGGUUUUUGGGGCUGAGAGAAUGUUUGACGUCAUUGAAGACAUGACAAAUUCACGACCGAAUUACAUAUUCAUGCUGUGCUGGAAAUACCUGACUCCUUUCGUGUCCCUAGUGUCUUUUGUCUGUUCAAUGGUUAAGUACAAACCUCUCACUUUUAACCGUUGGUAUGUAUACCCAGACUGGGCGUACGCACUAGGUUGGUUACUGGCCCUGUCCUCCAUUCUGCUGGUGCCUGGAUGGGCGCUGAUCCGACUGUUUACUGAGAAAGGAAGCCUAAAACAGCGUUGGCGUCACCUGUGUAGUCCUGACACAAACCUCCCUUUUAUCAGUAAGCAAAAAGCUGAAACGGAAGAAAACACCUUCAUCACAGAGAUGCAAGACUUAGUCAAGAGUGACACAAACUAAAAGAUGCUCAACUCUUGCUAUAAUUUAGUGUUUUUUUGGGUUUUUUUUUUUUUUGUAAUCUUUGUAAUUUAAUCAGCUAUUCAUGUCCUUGAUAACAGCACACAAGGGUGCCUGAAUUGCAAAAUGUGUCAUUGAACCGUUUCAUUUUUCAAAAUAA